UUGGUUAAUACUUUUUAUACUAUAAAAAUGUAUAGAAAUGGAUUGCUCGUGGAAAUGCCCCAUUUUAUUUCAUCAUUAUGGCAACUAUACAAAGGAGGUAUAAAAUUCAGUCCUACAGUCGGAUAUAAUUAUGGGAUAUAAGCCUGAGAAUAUAUCUGUGUGGGAAAGAUAUAACAAUAGUGAUCUUCUGUUGUUUAAAACAUUUGCACCACAAUUAACGAUAGUUGAAAGAGCCAACUUUCCAUUAUGGGCUAUUCUUGGAUUCCCAGGAAGUUUAUUUAGUAUCAUUGUAUGGAGUAGUCGGCCUAUGAGACGAGGAGGUAGUGCUGCUGCUGCAAUCUAUCAAGCUAGUCUUGGUGUUGUGGACCUAUGCUUUUUUAUUGUUCAUCUGAAUUGGUAUUUACACGUUGCAUGGCAACUUGGUGUACUUGACCGUCCGGUGAUCUGUGAAAUAUUUUCUGUAGUAAACUACUUAAUACAGUAUUUGAGUCCAACAUUGGCAUUCACAUUCACUUUGGAACGAUACUUAGCCAUAUGUCAUCCAUUCCGUUCACAAAGGAGCAUAAUGCGUUCCACAAGCAGGAGUGCUCUUAAAUUUAUCGCCAUUAUGUUUGCAUUCUGCUUAAGUACAGCUAGCGCACAAGCACUAGUCUAUACUUAUGAUCAUGGUGUGUGUACAACUAGACCAUCUAUAGAAGACCCAGAAUCUACUGAAUUCGCUUUAUAUACAAAUUGGACUUUCAUAACGGAGGCAUUAUUUUUUUUCUGUUUACCUAUUACAUGCCUCAUUUUAAACAUUCUAGUCAUUCGCGUACUGCGAAAAAGCAUAAAAUCAAAGCAAAAUGCUUUACUUGUAACACAAGUGAAUGGUGUUCCAAAUUCAAACUGCGAACGUAGUCAAACUGAAGAACCAAUUAGCAAAGGAGUACGUUCAAGUACACUGACAUUAUUGUGUACAUCAUUUUACUUGAUUGCUGCACAUCUUUCAGUAGCAGUUACUGUACUAAUCCACAAACUUCUACCGACUGGUGAUGAAUACCUAAGCGAUGAACAAAUUCGUAAUGAUCCCGGUUGGACAGCUUACUUUCGUUUCUUCACCAUACGUGUUCUAAUUGAAUGCUUCGCAAUGACACAUUAUGCAGCUAAAUUUCCCAUCUAUUUAGCAACAAGUAAACAAUUCCGUCAAGAAUUUUGUCGAAUAUUUCGAUGUCAUUUUGGUAGCGAAGCAUAUUUACUGGCGGAAACUGAUGCAGAUAUCGACUUAAGUGCACAAUUAUAUAAUGGAAGACGUUCGAAUGCUUCAUAUAAUAGUAAAUAUUCUUUAGGCACACUAACGAAGCAAAAUUUUCCUCAUAGAAAAUGCAGAAGUUCUGCUUUACCAUUUUCUUCUGUUACAAAUGACAAUUUACCACUAAGUAGAAUUAGAAGACGUCCAUCACCUGGUCUUAAUCGAACAGUAUUAGCUGCAAACGGGCAACGAGUAAGAGUUAAAUCCAACCUUCAUCUUAGUAGUUAAUAGAUACAUGUGUAUAUGAAAAUUGAAAAAAAUGUGAAGGAAGCAUAGUGAACUCAUUCAUUCAUUCAACUGCUGAUAUGACCUGUUUAUUAUUAUCGCUGAAGCAACCAUCUUUAUGUUUUUAUAACUAAUCGUUUGAAAGAAAUUGGAUACAAUAAUGGAUACUUUACGUCUUUUUUACAAUGUCUCAUGCCAAAAAUCAACCAUGACAAGUAUGAAAUGAAUGUUUUUUCUGUGUAUACUGUCGUAUGAUUCACGAUUAAGAGUAAAUACUAAUGUAUAUAUAUAUAUUUCUUGAUGAAACAUAAUGCUAUCAGUGAUAAAUUUUUGUACCACCUUAUUAAAAAAUACAACACGUGGCAGUAACAUGAUGUUAGUUGUUGUUUUGUAAUAACAAAACAAAUAUCAACUCCUCACUUAUUUUGUUUGUUGAAGACGAGCAUGAGUGCAUGUUGUCUCUCUGAUGCAAAUAAUCAGAAGUUAGUACAUAAUUAGUCAAGAUACACCAUGCUAUUCCAUGAGAUGCUGAAUUGUUCCAAAAGUUGUAUUCUUCAAUUACUUAGACAGUCAAUGAAGAAAUAAAGAUAUCAUUCUGGUCCUCCUUCGUUUUAUCAUCAUCAUGAAAAACAACAAAAUUGUAUGUUUCAUUCAAAGUGUAUUUAAAAAUAUAGAAUAAUGUAUAUUCAUGAAAAUCACAUCAUUCCUUCAGCAUUUCUGCUUAUUAUUAAAAUUACGAUGACAGAUAAAAGUCUGUUUUUGUUAAUAUGACAAAAAAAAUAAGGGUAAGCUAAAAGUCUGGUCAUUGUGUACAGAAUAACCGAUGCCUACAAAUAACAAGGUAAUCAGCUGGAAAUUUAAUGACGUUAACACUUAUCAGUUAUGCUUUAUGCAGCACUGACAGAAAUUAUUAUUUUAGUUUUUGCACUAAGGCUUCGUGUAACUGGAAUAUUGAAAUAACUUGCAGCAUUAUUCUGUGGUCGUUGUUAGAUGUUUAAAAGCCGAUAUAGGCUUAAGGAAUUUUCGUUUUAACAGUCAUUGAAAUGGUGUAAUCUAGAAAUACUUAUAAUUAAACUGUUAUCGUCUAUAACGUUGGUGAAUUUUAGUUACCUUGAAUGCCAUUUUAUGAAAUUAUUUGACAGAAUUCAAAAAUAUUCAACUCUUUUGGUAUUCUCCAGAAGUAAUAUCUACAUUUUAUCAAAAAAAUAUUUCGUGGGAUCAAAGAUGCUUUUGUUUCACCAGUGUAGACGUGUAAUUAUCAACGCAUUUUUUUCUUACGUAAAUAAUGAAAUCCAAUUGUAUGUAUCUAAUUGGC